GGGAGCUGGUCACACUGUCCGUGUGUUCGUGCUCGUUGUAAGAUACCCCAAUUCCCUGAAAAACGCAGCCUUAAGCAUUAUAAAUAGUUAAAAAUAAUGUCCAAGUUAGCUAGCAGCAUUGCAACUUGAUAUAACAAACAAGCACAUUUAUAGCCACCAACAUGGAAGCACCAUAUUGAACUGACCUAGUGCGCUACCCUGUGCCCCGCCACCCAGCAUUAGCAUCAGCAUGUCACUGCAACCUCCUUCAGCCGCUGCAGCUGCAGCUACAUCUGUCGCCCCCUCGUCGGGCAAUCAUCUGAUGCGUCCUCAAACUCUAGCUGCACCAGAGAGGGAACCUGUCCAAUUUAAUAUCAAUCUUGUAGGAGCUCCGCUUGAAGUCGAACAGCUGGUGGAACAGAUCAAAAGUGUGGCCGAGCAGUUUUUAUAUCACUGGAAAAGUUUUCCCAUUGUAUUGCCCCAAUCCUUGGCCAAUAGUGGACUUAAUCUGACAGCCAGCUUAGCAAAUGCCACCAAUAGUGUGAACAGCCGAAAAACUCGUCCAAUAAAUUUACGUGAUCUGUUUAUUGCGCCGCCCUUCGAUGAGCUAGAUGCAGUUGCCUCGGAUGGAAGUGGGGAACCGCGUCGACUCACCAAUGUCCAAUUGAAGACUCUCCGUGAAACUGGCUUGCAAAAGGAUAAAUAUGGAAAGCCGAAGAAAUUAACUUUGGAACAAUUGGAAACUAUACGUAAAAAUGGAGAAUUCGAUGUACCAAGCCUGCACUUUCCCGGCCAAGUGCAUAAGUGGCGUCUAUCGCAGCUAUUGCAAAAAGGACGAGCACGCGCUCAUGAUUCAUUUCUUAGUGAUUUGGCUCUGGCAGCCCGAUUUCUUGUGGUCACUGCCCGUGCACGUAUAUUUUCGCACUUCUUUUCGGUUAUGGAAUCUGGUCAGGCGCUGUUAGGAGCGUUGGCCAAGCUGGCGGAUAUGUUUAUAGGAGUGCCAGCAUUAUUGGCGCACAACUUGGAUUACAAAAUCAAGGAAGAACGUUGUCGCUUUCUCAUAGCCGAGCUGGUGUGUCGGCCCGAAUAUGAAGAUUGUCUCGAUGGCCUGUGUGCAUAUGUCAGGAAAAUGUUACGACGCGCCACCAUGGAAAAGUUCGAUUUUAAUAGUUGUGAGAUUAGCCAGCCUGUGCCAUAUCUCUUUCUCACACCCAAAGGUCAAGAGAUUGAUCUUCGCCUUUUUUGCCGGGAUAUUAUGCGCAAGGCUUUGCCCAUUCUCAUUGGUAUCCUGGAACGUGAGACUCGUGGUUGGUUUCUGCAUUUUCGUGAGCGUUUAAUUGCCGAACUGAGAGCCAAGAAACUGAACGACAAAGAAAUCGAGGAAGAGGUGAAUGAAGCUGUAAUGAGAGAAUAUUUACAGCGUGUCUACACUUCGAUUAUGGGCAAUGCCAAGUUGUCCGAAUUGGGGCAAGGCGUGCCUGAGUUGCUCGUCCACCAGGCCCAGUCUGUGGUGAUAAUGUACAAGGCUGUGGAUAAAGUGCAGCAGGAUAUAAAACGCUCGCGUGAGGAUCAUGAAAAAUGUCUAAGCAAUGAUCAUUCGGUUCUUGCACGUGUCGCGCCAUGGCUGCGCUCCAAGCUACGUCAUGCCGAGGAGCACAAGUUGAACAAGUGCGCCUGGUCUGCCCACGAGGAGGCUCUAAAGAUGUGCACUCAACACAAUCUGCAUCAGACGGCUUACUUUCUCUCUCGCGAUUUGGCCUUUAUGAAAGAACGCGAGCCAGUGCUGCUUAAGGAGUUGAAAAAUGCCAAAACACCAACGCGAAGUUUUCAAUGGGCCUGUCGCAUAUGGUCACCGCAAGCAUGGAUCAUUCGUCGUAAUUUCCAGGGACAAUCAGAUGUAAUACCUACUGUCAUUAGCCAGCAGGCCACUUCAAUUGUCACGCCGCGCUCCGAUCCCAGUCAGCCGGUCUUUUUAGUGGAGAAGGAGAAAAUAAGAACCACAAGUACCCGAUGGCCUUUUUGGCGACUGCUGAAUCUGAUUCAACGAACUUGGUGUUGGACAUGGAACAUGAUGUUUUUGCUUGGUAUCCUAGUGCCCUGGUGUAGUCCUCUUGGAAUACGAGCACUUUGCUGCGUGAAACCGUUUAUGCCCGAUCUUGAAUUAUCGCAAAUUAAUGGCACUCUAUUUCCACGAAAAACGAGCAUAACUCAAACCAUGGCCUCGCGACUCAUUGAACUCUGGCGACACAUAUCAAAAUCACGUACACAUUUUGAAACUGAACCGGAUACUGGUUUCAUUGGCAAAGGUUUGACCAGGAAUUUAAAUCGCACUUGGAAUUACUUUGUCAAGGGCUUUCUGGGCACCCUGGUCAUACUGUUUGCCUUCCCAUUGAUCUGUUUGGCCACCAGUUGCUUGAGCAUUGGACUAGCCAUUACAGCACCAUUAUGGAUUCCGGUUUUCGUCCUCCUUUUGCAUAUAUAUAUGAUUCUCAUAUAUGAUCUAGAUGCGCCAGAUAAUACGAAAAAUCGUUAUUGCAUACUAUUGGAGGCAUUAAUUUGGAAUUUACUUAUCCAGGGACUAUUGCAACCGUUAGCAUCGGUUUUAGUGGCCACUUUAAUGUGUCCUUUGGCAGCUGGAACUGUAUUAAUAGUUGGUGUCAUUCGGUAUACGUUCCGUAUAGUGUGGGAUUCACUCACUUUCCAUUUAUUCAUUAAAAAAUGCGGUAGAGUUCCGGCAUCGGAUAGUAUUGCUGUGAAACGUGUUGCUGGACCUGGUUUGGCCUUGGAUUACUAUUUCAUUAUCAAACCAGAGCAGGCUUUGGCCGCCCUAGAGGCUAAAAUGGAGCUGGAUGAAAUGCAGGCCUACCAACAUGCCACGGAACGAGUAAUACUCCAGCCGCAGCAGGAUUUCUUGCAAUUUGUUGAGGCGUGCUUUGGUCCUUUCUCAGCUCAGUUGAGUAAGACGGGACCAUAUUUGGCUUUGGAUCGUGAGGCGCAGGAUUUGAUGAGUACAUUGCAUGAAAAGCUGGAAAAACGUCGCCGGGAACUUCAAACGGCGCUGACCACACAGGUUAAGUCCCGCAUUAAGCUAAAUACCAAAGAAUUAAAAAUUGCCAUACAACUGGCCGCCCAUAUAUUAGAGAAAUACUAUCCGUCUCAUGUUAUCGGCAGAUUGUCGAUUAGCGAGGAGGAAUUCUGGGAUAAUAAAGGUCUCACAGUGAACGACUGGCCUGGAUUAGCUGGUCUCAUUUAUACCGAUAUAUUUAGUUUAGAUUUUCUAACGCCAUUGACUGAACAUGACACACAUUUUAAACUAGAACCACAUGCCUCGCUGGACUUAAUGCGCUACACGGAAAUGGUAAAGAAUGCUAACGAUGUGAUUGGCUCCAAGGGUCUGGAUCUGUUGGGCAAUGUAUAUGCACCACGCGGCAAUGUUCAAGUGCAUUUGCCAUUCCUUGAGGUUACGGCAUUUAAUCCACGUUCACGUAUUACGCUGACAUUUCGUAAACCCGAGAAACGUGACAUGUCUGUGGGUUUGACUACGCCACGUGUGCGGGCUCAGCGUGCCCAACAUAUACCAAAAUCCUCGCCGGAUACUCAAAAGCCCUGGCGUCCGUGGAAACAGCAAUGCGGAGAGAAAAGUGUCACCGAAAAGCUACUUAUACCGCUGCCAGUUCCACAUCCAGUCCACAUCGCCAUUGCUAUUUACAAUAGAGAUACUGAACAGCCCAUACCAUUGGAUUCGGAACUAGUGUGGGAGAUACUCAAAUCGAUUGAGGAUUGUCAAGGUGGAGAUGCUAUUCAAGUUGCCCAAUCGGUGGCUCGCUAUCACGGAGCGGUUAUAGAGUCUAGCAAUGAUUCUCUGGCUAGCAGUAGUAGCAUUGGGAGCACCAGGGACUCCGGCUCCGGAUCAGUGUCUGGCUCAGCAAUAGGCAAUGGCACUGAGACUUUGCCCUGUGGCAACCGAGAGGUUUGCACACAAGUCAAAGUCGAUGCAGAGCCGGAGCCCAGUUCAUCGGGUUUCCAUUGGACAUUAAGCAAUUGGGGCGCAAACCAGGCUGCUCGUCGACGCACUAAUUCCAAUGUACGUGUCGAUUUGGCCAGUCCGGAGGAUAUAUCAUUAGAUACUGAUAGCUCUAGAGCCGUAUUUAACAAUGCCUAUGGUACAACGGUCUAACAGAUUAAUCAGGAGGAUCAUCGAUCAUAAAUGAGCAUGAGCAUGGGAAAUGGUAUGCAAUGGGUGAUUCGGGCACACAUACAAAUACAUUUAUCAAUGUAUUUAUAUAUACAUAUAUAAUUAUA